UGUGGGAGCAUUGUGUUGGCACACCUGGACGGCGGCGAUGAACACAACGCGACCAAGUUAUUUGUUCCUCAGAUUUGUGGCCGUCUUGAGGCCCCUUGGCUGAAGAGGAAUCUGGAACGUGGCAAAGAAACACAUAACAGAUGAAUAAGCAGAAGGCUGUAAGAAAUCUAGUACAGUAUCAUUAUUAAUUGAUGCUUUGCUAUUGUGACUGGUAGUGUCACAUAAUAAUAUGGUCGUUAAGGCUUGUAAAACUCUUUAGAAUUGAUACAGCAAAAAUGGAUUGUUUUGUUAACACAGAAACCAUUAGUGACCCUCAGGAAACAUUGCUUGAAGAUCUUGGGUCCAGUAUUUGGAAAAAUGUGAAGGACGGCAACUAUGAAUCUGCCAUCAAUGAGAUAAAAGAAGAAAAAUAUAAAUUGUGUCUUCUGCACAAUAGUCUUGAUCUUGUACCGGUAAUUACUAAACUUCUACAGGAAGACCUUGACCCUGAAGGAGAAAUAUGUAUAGAAGAAUUACUUGUGUACAUUGCAUCUGUUGCAAAUGCAAAGGAAGCUCUCCUGGUAUUCUUGGAAGAAUUAGAAAUUCACACUUCAGAGGUUCAGUUUCGUGUUAUGUUACAGCCUAUUCAAACAAUACUGUUGCGUCAAGCAUCUAAAAAUACUCGUCCAAUGACCUUCUCGUGGGUUUUUAAUACACUCUAUUCUCGUAUAGCAGUCAUGAAUCUACCAACAGGUUAUAAUUUGGAAGGCAAGGAAAAGAAGCUUUUGGAUGUUCACCCAGAGGUCCAAGCUGUGUCCAAUGCUGUGCAAUGGCUUAAAGAUUUCUAUUUAGUUUUCUAUAAUAAAGUAGUGAAUGAAGAGCUUGUAUGGACAGGUAAAGUAACUAAUUCAAGAGAAUAUCUGUCAAGUUUUCUUCUUCAACUUUUUCACAAGCCAUUCACAUAUUUGGAUGUGUAUUGUAAUGAAGGAGAAGUAGAGAGUCUAUUGUAUCGUACUUGCGGUGAUUUGGUGAACAUGGUAGCAAGUCUCUUGUGCAAUGUAUUUAAAUUGUUUUCAAAUAUUACAUGGAGUAGUUCAAAAACUAUAUUAGCAAAUGAGAGAGAGAGUGAUAAAGAUCUAGGUAUCAAACAAAGAAAUGGAGAUGAAUCUUUAGAGACAGAAGAUGAGCAAGAUAAGAAAGAUGAAAUUUCUCAACUUUCUAUAGCUUCUUUCUUUUACUGUAUUCUAGGUCAAAACAUGGCUAGUGACUAUGUGCCUUGUGUAUACUCUCAUCAGUAUGUGUUUUUGGAAUGCUUGCCUCUCAUAGCUAAUUUAUUGCAGGAAAAAGAACAUAUACCUAUUCACAAAGGGUUAACACUGGCAAAAGUACUCUUGAAUAAACUGCCACAAAAAACCUUACCUAGCGAAUCACAUGAAGCAAGAGCCCAUUCUUCUUUUCCUCAAUUGUUGAUUAGAAUUAUGAUAUUUUGUAAUAAUCGAGAGUUAAGAACUACAGCGUUAGAGAUAUUCCAAUCACAUUUUCAUAAGUUUGACAGCAUUGGCCGAAGAAAACUUAUUCAAGCUCUUCUUUUAUCAGUGAAACAUGCUGGGGUUUUAGGUUUAGUAAUACAAGAACUAAAGGAAAAUAUUGCUUUUUCACUAAGUCAAGAAACAUUAGAUCCUAAUUUUACUGGGAAAAAACUAACCAACCUUGUUCAGAUAGCAUGUUCUCUCCCAGAUGCUGAGAAGACAGACAUGUUAGAGUGGAGUGAUUGCAUCAUGGCUGCCCUAAAUCUGCUUAUUUUUGUUUUUAUUCGUGAUGUUGAAAACAAAACUGGAAUUGUAGAACUGGCACCAGUACUUAAAACGGGUUAUCUUUCUCAGCUUCAGAAGGGACUUGACCUAUCAAAAGGUCAUUAUGAACUUAAGCUAAAAGAUUUAAGCUCUCAUUCUAGCAAACAAAAAUGUAUGGAUAUGAAUGUAUGUGUUGGUGGCACAAUUUUACCUAAUAUGCUUCCUGAUCAAGAAAAAAAUAUUGUUCAGACAGCUAUUUGUUCUUUAGACAUGAUGCAGUGUGUACUAGCAAGAGCUAUUCAGGCUAUAGAAAAUAGAAUUUGAAUAUGUAUAUGCCCAUUAUGAAUAUUGUAUAAUUCUGUAUUUAGAUGUACAGUACUGCAUUAAUUGAUGAAUUGCUAUUAUUAGAAGUUUUAAUGUAUGUUUUCCUAUUUAUAGAUAUUUGAAAAAUAGUAGUGGAUUGACAUUACUGUUUAUAGUAUUUAUUUAAAUUAUAAAGCAAAGAAUAUGUUAAGGAUUGGAAGUUAUUCUCAUCCUUGCUCUCCAUUUUAAGUCUCUCGCUCAUUUACAGUGCAGUACUGCAUAUUUAAAUCUGGUCUUACCAAACUUUUAUCCAAAUUUUUAGGAAGUAUACCAGAAUGUGCAUCAAUUUGUAUGGUAACUUUUCUGUAAUAAUUUGUAAGAUACAGUAUCAUGAUUGUUAUUUGUACUUUUUGUGUUGUUACAUUGAAUGAUCUCAAAUGCAUAGCAGUACUUAUUUAAGAGCCAUGAGGUAAAUCAUUGUAGAAGAAUGUAUUGUAUUUCAUAAUCUUUAUUUUUCUGUAUUGAUGGCUUGUUGCUGUAAAACCAUAAAAUUUGCAGUACAUGCAUGCUGAAGCUUGGAUUCAUAUUUCUUAAAAGUAGAAUACUGUAAUGGUUUAUAGAAAUAUACAAUUUAUAAGCAACCCAAAGCAAGUCUUAAUUAAAUUGUAAAGUAUUGCAUACAUGUAAUUUAAUUAUGAAUGAAACAAUGGAUGCUUCUUACAUGAGUAUGACUACUAGUAAUAUUGAGAAACAAUUAGUUACUGUAGGAUUAUUGGAGGAAACUAAGUACUGUACAUAAAAAAAAGUUCUGAAUUACUGUAUUUUGAGAAGUAGCACAUGGUGAAAGAAGGAAAGAAAUUAACCUUUAUACCACACAAAACAUACAUAUACAAUGCAAAUGCUCCAACAUUGUCUAAAUGAUCACAACGUAACUUGAAAAACAAGAGAAUCAAAAAUAAUUUUAAAAUUGAAUAUUAAAAACUUUAGAUUUUCAAAUCAGGAUAAAAAAAUAUAAACUAUGACCAAUUGUUCAUUUGGUGCUAUUCUCAUAGAAUAGCAUAUGAUCUUCAGUUUCAUAAAAUUGGAAUAUAGGUUUUCAGUAUAGUUUACUGUAAAAAAAAAAUCGGCAAUAUGACAUUGACGUAUGCAGAACGUCAAUAUGACAUUGAAAUAUGCAGAAAAUUUAGACCAAAAAAAAUUAUAACUCGAAACGUACAGGGUAUAGGAUUUAUGAAAAAUCCAUUCUAAAAGGAUAGUAGAACAGACAGCUGAUCACACAAAAUGUUAAAAUGGUGAGAAUCAGUCAAAAACUGGAAUUUUAGAAGCCACUCAGAGUGUAAACUCUAGUUUCAG